UCUUGCAGCCACCAGUCCAGUCGGUCUUAUCAUAAAUUUCAUUUGAGACCGAACACUGCUGUCUCAGUCGUCAGUCUUCUGGUGAUUUUGUGGGGCAAAGAUAAUCGUUCAUUUAAUAUGGGACUUUCGACGCACAUUCUCGAUACAAGCCGUGGAAAACCGGCACCGAAUGUGGCCAUUAGUUUGUACCGCGAGACGGAUUCCUCCACCGGCUGGGCCAAAGAAGGAGAAGGCCAUACCGAUUCGGACGGCAGAUACCGGGGUUUCUUCGCUGACGAACCGACCGCGUUCCGGGUUGGGACCUACAAGCUUCGCUUCGAGGUGGGACAGUAUUAUGAGCAGCUGAAAACGGAUACUUUGUACCCGUUUGUGGAGAUUGUAUUCACAAUCAAAGAUGCCAGUCAACAUUACCACAUUCCGCUGCUUUUGAACCCGUUUGGGUAUUCAACCUACAGAGGAUCAUGAGUUUGAUUUGAACUGACUUUUAUUAGAUUAAAUAAUGGAAAAAUGA